GAGCCGGGCCCGGAACGGAGGCUCGAUGGCCGGGCGGCCGCGACCCGACGGCGGCGACUGAGGCGGGGCGGGAGGGCCAUGGAUGUGCGGAGGCUGCGCGUCAACGAGUUGAAGGAGGAGCUGGCCCGCCGCGGCCUCGACACGCGCGGGCUGAAGGCCGAGCUGGCCGAGCGGCUGCAGGCGGCGCUGGAAGACGAGCAGGCCCCGGACGGAGCGCUGGAUCCGCUGUCGGACGGACGCUAUGGCAUCCACGGCGGGAUGCAUCAGGACAGCAUGCAAGGAUAUCACCAGCCUUACGAGCACUGCAACAUUAAACAGGAGAAUGAAGCUGGGUACGAGAGAAGGCCUCUAGACUACGAUCGCCCUAGCUUGCGUCCAGACAUGAAGCUGGAAGUGAAGGCAGAGGAGACGGGCCUGGGCUACCACACGGGAGCCUCCGGUCACAACGCCCCUUCGGGGUACGGCCCGUCGGGCCAGAACUACAACACUUCCGGCUACGGCGGCUCCGGUUCGAGUUACGGCGCGCCUCCCUCCGGCUUUGGCUCCUCCGACUCAUCUCAGUCCUGGCAGCAGCAACCGCAGCAAGGCCGGAAGAGGCCAUUCGAGGAGACGAGGGGGCGCGGCUACUAUGAACACAGAGAGGAUAAAAGGGGCCGAUCUCCUCAGCCGCCCGCCGAGGAUGACGAGGAAGACUUUGACGACGCGCUGGUGGCCAUCGACACCUAUAAUUGUGAUCUGCAUUUCAAAGUUGGCCGGGACCGAUACAGCGGCUACCCUCUGACUAUAGAAGGGUUUGCUUAUCUCUGGUCAGGAGCAAGAGCCACGUACGGGGUAUGGCGAGGGAGGAUCUGUUUCGAGAUGAAGAUAAACGAGGAGAUCGCCGUCAAGCACCUUCCUUCCACUGAACCCGAUCCUCACGUCGUGCGGAUCGGUUGGUCCCUGGAUUCCUGCAGCACUCAGUUAGGUGAGGAGCUGUACUCCUACGGCUACGGAGGCACCGGGAAGAAAUCCACCAACUCCAAGUUUGAAAACUACGGCGAAACCUUCACUGAGAACGAUGUCAUUACCUGCCUCGUGGACUUUGAGUGUGGCGACGACGUCGAAAUAUCCUUCAUGAAGAACGGGAAGUGGCUGGGGAUGGCAUACCGGGUGCGGAAAGAGGCCCUGGGCGGCAACGCCCUCUUUCCGCACGUCUUGGUGAAGAACUGCUCCAUCGAGUUCAACUUUGGCCAGAGGGAGGAUCCCUUCUUCCCCGUCCCGCCGGGCUUCACCUUCAUCCAGCAUCUUCCCCUCUCGGAGCGAGUCCGGGGGACAAUCGGACCAAAGAGCAAAGGAGAAUGUGAAAUCCUGAUGAUGGUGGGGCUCCCUGCUGCCGGGAAGACCACGUGGGCCAUUAAGCACGCGGCAGCCAAUCCGGGCAAGAAGUACAACAUCCUGGGAACCAACGCCAUCAUGGACAAAAUGAGGGUAAUGGGACUUCGACGCCAGCGCAACUACGCCGGCCGCUGGGACGUCCUCAUCCAGCAAGCCACGCAGUGCCUGAACCGCCUGAUCCAAAUCGCGGCCCGGAAGAAGCGCAACUACAUUCUCGAUCAGACCAAUGUUUACGGAUCUGCCCAGAGACGAAAAAUGCGCCCCUUUGAAGGUUUCCAGCGCAAGGCCAUUGUAAUUUGUCCCACGGACGAGGAUUUAGAAGACCGAACAAUAAAGCGCACUGAUGAGGAAGGGAAAGAUGUGCCCGAUCACGCAGUGUUAGAAAUGAAAGCCAACUUCUCGCUGCCCGAAGCGGGUGACUUCCUGGACUCGGUGGUCUACAUCGAAUUGCAGCGGGACGAAGCGGAGAAGCUGGUGAGGCAGUACAACGAGGAGGUUGGCGGCGGCACCGUUGGGGGCGGAGGAUGCAGAGGUGGCGGCGGCAGUGGUGGCGGCGGCGGCAGCAACAGCGGUGGCGGAGGCGGUGGCUUCAGCAGGGGUGGCGGCUACGGCCAGAGUCGCUGGGGAAGCGGGAACCGCGACAACAACAACAACAGCAGCAGCAGCAGCGUCAACAGCCGGGGCAACUACAACCGCAACAGCCAGCAGCCGGACAACUACAGCCCGGCUCGGACCCAGAACACCUACAAGAGCAACAGCAGCGCCCCCCCUGCCCCCGCCCCACCCAAUGCCCCUCCCAGUUCUUACAACCCAGGGUCACAGCAGAGCUACACCCAGCCCUACAGUCCACCGUCCAGCUACAACCAAGGCAGCUAUGCUCCGAGUUACAACUAUGGGAGUUACAGCGGUUACAGCCAAAGCUACACUCAGCCCCCUCCUCCUCCUCCCCCCCCUCCUCCUGCUCCUCCAGCUCCUCCGACUCCUCCAGCUCAGCCGACCUACAAUCAACCCAAUUACAACCAGUACCAACAGUACGCCCAGCAGUGGAACCAGUACUAUCAAAACCAGGGCCAGUGGCCUCCGUACUACGGCAGCUACGACUACGGGAGCUACACGGGCACCCAGCAGGGAGGCUCGAGCACCCAGUGAUGGCCAUCCAGUACUCGGAGGGAGCGGCUCGGCGCGCCGCACGUGGCAUCUCGGACUGUCUCGGGACCCUGGAGGGGAAGUCUCCUCUGCCCUUGUCUCCUCUCUGUAGUGCUCGAGGGUAGCUGUGUUUUGACCUCUACAGCUGAAGGCAUGCUUCCUUCCCCCUCGUUCCACCCCCCACGAGGAAGUGACAUUUCUUUCCUUCUCCUUGAUGAAGACAGUCCCUUCCCCCCCAAAACCCCCCUUUUUACAAUUUAUCUCGAUUUCUGAGAAGCUAGGAUUCCAAGUCUCGUGUCCUUAGGCCAAGGCCCCCCCGCCCUGGUGUCAAGGUUUCUACAGUAGCCAGGGGGCAACCUCCCUCCCUCUCUGUCCAUCCUGCCUCACACAACUCUGCUAGCGAUCAUCAGUUCUAGGCACUUUUGGAAACUUUCUCCCCCACCAUUCGGUGUCCCCCGCCCGCCUUUGAGAUGUUUUUAUCUUGUCUUUCUCCCCCCCCCCCCUGCAAAUAACAAAACCGGGGGAGGGCGAAGAGACGGCUGUCUUAAUGGUAAUGACGAUUUGAUUUUAUUUUUUUAGAUUUCCCUGUAACUUUUUACCGUGGGUUAGCUGCUGUUCAUAGUUUCUCCAAAGUAACCAUUCCUUUUUUCGCUCAGUUCAGGAGACGAGGAAGACAAAAAAACAGGGGAGGGAGAUCGUCUUCAAUGUGUAACUUUUUUAUACGACGUCUAAGUUUCUGUAUCUUUGCACAUGCUUUGUGUUGAGUUGAACUGUAAUGGCUUUUUGUAUUUGGAGAACAAAAAGAGUGACUAUUGAACUUUAAA